AUGAUUGUUCCAUGUUGCCAGAGAGGCCUAAGAGCAUCACGAGAAGCAAUUAUCCGCCACAUGUGCCGGAGACAAAGUUCUUUGGCAACGCAGGCUACACAUGUUUCCGUCAAGCCGGGUGCUGACCCAUAUGACUGGGACAGCGAAGUCCACUGGAAGGAUAUGCUCAGCCUUGAGAACAGGCUGACUGAAGAGGAGGUUCUGAUCAAGAACGCUGCAAGACAGUUUGCAGACGGGGAGUUGAUGCCCCAGGUCUUGAAAGGCUUUAGAGAAGAAUCCUUUGACAAGGGCCUCUUCAAGGCAAUGGGGGGUGCGGGCCUGUUGGGCUCCUUCAUUGAAGGCUAUGGAUGUGCUGGUGCAUCCGCCACUGCAUACGGGUUGAUCGCACGAGAGGUGGAGCGGGUCGACUCUGCCUACCGGUCAACACUGUCUGUGCAAUCAUCGCUGGUCAUGAACCCCAUCAACCUCUUUGGAUCCCAGGAGCAGAAGGAGCGCUUCCUACCGCGUUUGGCAACGGGAGAGCUCAUUGGCUGCUUCGGGUUGACAGAACCUGACCAUGGCUCCGACCCGAGUGGCAUGGUCACGCGGGCCGUAGACAAGGGAGAUCACUUCGUGUUGAGCGGCGCCAAGAAUUGGAUCACAAAUUCUCCGAUUGCUGACGUUUGUCUGGUCUGGGCUAAAACGAGCGGAGACGAGAAGGUGCGAGGCUUCCUGGUGGAGCGGGGAAUGGAGGGCUUGUCCACUCCGAAGAUCGAUGGCAAGUUUUCGCUCAGGGCAUCGCCCACGGGAAUGAUUCAGCUGGAUGAUGUUCGAGUUCCAAAGGAGAACGUUCUGCCCAAUGUCACGGGAAUGCGUGGGCCCUUUGCCUGCUUGAAUUCAGCUCGGCUCGGUAUCGCCUGGGGUGCUCUGGGCGCUGCAGAGUUUUGCCUCGAAACUGCGAGGCGCUACACCUUGGACAGAAAGCAGUUUGGCCGCCCCCUUGCCGCCAACCAGCUCGUUCAGUUCAAGAUGGCCAGUGCGAUGACGGACAUCACUAUCGGACUGAAUGCAGUACUGCAAGCUACUCGCAUGAAGGAGGCUGGCAAUUUGCACUCCAAUGUCAUCUCCAUGAUGAAGCGCAAUUCGUGUACAAAGGCUUUGGAGAUCGCGCGCACCUGCCGGGACAUGCUUGGAGGGAAUGGAAUCGUGGACGAGUACCAUAUCAUCCGCCACGUAUGCAACCUUGAGGCGGUUAACACUUACGAGGGCACGGCGGACAUCCACGCCUUGGUUCUAGGCCGUGCGAUAACAGGAAUCCCGGCCUUCAAGUGA